UAGGGUUGGGUGUAGUUCGUUAUAAUUCGGCGGAGUAGUCAUGUCAAGGGUGUUGUCCGUGUGUGAUUGAUUCGCUUAGGAAUUUAAGGAAAAAAUGUGGCUCCAAUAUUACAUGUUAUUACUGUUUCUGUGCUGUUUAGAGUUACAUCGAAUUUACGGCCAAAACAUCAACAACACACUCACGUGGUGUACAGUCUCCGAAGGCGAGCAGAACAAAUGUCAGGCCUUCUCCAGGGCAGUUGAUCGUGAAAGAGGAUCUUUUAGCUAUGAUUAUUUUUCGGUGCAAUGCAAGCAAGCUUUCAACAAAGAAGAAUGUAUGUCCAUGCUGGAUCGCGAAAAGGCGCAGAUAACAACAUUGGAUGCUGGAGAGGUCUUUAUAGCCGGACGAUAUCACAGUCUUGUACCAAUAAUGCAAGAAAUAUAUGAAAGUGGCGUAAAUUAUCAAUAUGCUGUCGCAGUGAUUAAAAGAGGCUCUCUGUCUGAUGUACAGUCUUUGUAUGAUCUCAGAGGCAAGAAGGGCUGUUUUGCUGGUGUGGGAACACUAGCGGGUUGGGUUAUUCCUAUUAAUAAUCUUAUGAAGAAAGGAGGAAUGGAAGUUAUUGACUGUAAUAAUCAUGUAAAAUCAACGAUUAAAUUCUUUGGGCCUAGUUGUGCAGUAAACUCAUUAAUUGAUAAAAACAAUCCAAUUGGUGAUAAUUCUGAUCACUUGUGUAAUCUAUGCAUCGGAGAAAUACCCGGCGGCAAAUGUACAAACCGAGAUCCUUACUCAGGGUACGAGGGAGCUUUCCGCUGCUUGGUUGAAGCAGGUGAAAUUGCCUUUUUAGUGCACACGACUGUGGACGAGAUGACUUCAACGACAUUCGACUUCAGUUCCGUGAAGAAAGAACAUUUCGAACUGCUAUGCCCAAACGGUAUUCGCAAGUCCGUGGACGAUUACAGUACUUGUAAUUGGGGUACCGUACCGUCUCGCGCGAUAGUCACAUCUUCGGCGACAAACUUUGAGACUCGUCGAAGAUAUCAAAGAUUUUUGGAGAAGAUUGUUCGAAUACUACACAAGAAUAGAAAUGGCACGACGAAUCGUUUUGGCGAUCAGGAAAAUUUCAUGAAUCGUCCAGGUUACGAUAAUAAUCAGAAAGAUUUCGAGAAUCGUCCAGGUUACGAUAGCAAUCAGAGGGAUUUUGAAAACCGUCCAGGUUACAACAGAUUUGGUGAGAGUGACUAUAAUAGAGGCGGAUUUAGAAAUCCGAAUGAAUAUGGCACAGACCAUUGGAAUCGUAGCAGAUACGACCGAAGGUUUGGCGGUGACGGAAGAGGAGGAGUAGAUGGAGGAUUGAACUCGUGGGACAAACCCGCAUUCAACGAUACAUUCAAUUACUAUAGCAGAGAAGGAGAGAACAUUGAACCAGCGAAUGUGCAACCGAUAGAAAUAUUUGAAUUAUAUGAAUCGGCACCUAGAUACGGAUUGCAGCAUAAUUUAAUAUUUUCUGAUUCUUCUCGCGAUUUUGUACAACUGCCCGAAAAGGAUCAAACAUACACAGGGUAUUUAGGACAAUCUUUAGAACAUAUAUUAGGAGUACAUCAUUGUCCCGUAAAUCGGAUGGCGCUGUGCGUUACAUCCGAGCCAGAAAUGGAAAAAUGUAUAAAAAUGAAGAUCGCCUUAAAAGCCCAGCUUUUGAAACCAGAAUUAAUUUGCCACAAAGGUCAUAGUCAAAUAAAUUGUAUGCAGUCGAUAAGAAGUGGAAUUGCCGAUGUAGCUGUAUUAGAUGCCAGUGAUGUCUACACCGCUGGACUGCAAUUCGAACUGAUUCCGUUUAUAUCUGAAGUGUACAAUUUGGGUACACCGGACUAUUAUGUUGUCGCCGUCGCGAAGGAGGAGGACGACAAUACAGAUCUGACAUAUCUAAAAAAUAAGAAUACUUGUCACACUGGAAUCAACAUGGCUGCAGGAUGGGUUUAUCCACUGGCAUAUCUGAUUUCUAAUAAGUGGAUCAGAGGAUACGGUUGCGAUUCCGUGCGUGCUGCCGCGGAAUACUUUAGCAAAUCCUGCGUGCCAGGCGCACUCAGUACUGAAUACAAUAUAGGUGUGCCUUACGAUAACAUGUGCGACUUAUGCCACGGGGUGAGCUACCGGUAUUGCCGAAGAGACGCUUCCGAGGAUUACUUUGGUUACACAGGUGCUUUUAGAUGUCUGGUAGAGGGAGGUGGUGACGUGUCCUUCGUGAAGCAUACGACGGUCGCAGAGAACACCGACGGCAAGCGCAAAGAACUUUGGGCACGCAAUACCUUCACAAAAGAUUUUGAAUUGCUUUGCCCAGAUGGUACGCGUCGUCCAACAACAGAUUAUAUGAACUGCAAUCUAGGCAAAGUCGCUGCCAAUGCUAUAGUUACACGCGGCGGUUAUUACGGUUAUAAUCAGACACAGAUCAACGCAUACAUCAAUCUAUUUAUAUACGCACAACAGUUCUACGGUCGAAAGGAACCGGAUGAAUUCAGCUUCAGCAUGUAUUAUAGUCGACCGCCUUACAGCGAUCUCAUUUUUCAAGAUGCCACUCAGCAGUUGGUGAUAAUCCCGCCGAACAAGCGGGAAUAUAGCACGUACCUCGGGCCAGAUUUUAUGAGAGCCAGAAGAAUCGUAGAUUGUAACGCAGGUGCGUCAGCGAUAAGUUACUCGUUGUUUGCUACGAUAAUUAUGAUUGCGUUCACUUUCGCGUUUGGUAGAUAAGUAUAAUGUUGGCGAUUUAUAUACUUUUACACGAAUACUCGAACAAGAAUUUAUCGAGAUAAAAAAAUAGAGAUUUGACAAAUGAAUUUGAUAUAGUAUAUUUUAUCAAU